AUGGCGCCUUCUCUUCGGAAAUCGUGUGACGCUUGCUUCGCGGCAAAGCGUCGUUGCUUGCCUCAACUCCCACAAUGUGCAAGAUGUUUUGAGAAACGACUAAACUGCACCUACGCCUUGGAGCCUGUGACCAAUCUCGAGACAGAUAGCUCCCGUCAGCCGCAUCCAGCCACCCAAAAGCCUUGGGAGCCAGUCCCUCCCAUCAUCUUCGAUUCGGUCGCUUCGGCCCAUGAAGCCGCCGUGCGUUCCUACUCCUCCCAGGGUUCCCAGACGCUGCCUGUCAUGGCGAAUCCGGAAACGCUGAUGCUGGUCGUAGAGCGUCACCUGAGACCUAUUCCCGGGCUCACAUUCCAGCAAAGGACAACCCCCUACAUCCAUAGCCAGGUGUUGUUGGCUUCCCAGCCGAAUCCCGCAAGCCUGGAUCUUCCAGACGUUGAUGACUCGGGGACAACACUAGCCCCCAGUUCUGCCUUUCUACAAAGAGCGCAACAACACCUGCUGCUGCUAAAUAUUGAACGGCUAACGUUCACUGAGUUCCUGUCUGCAUUCCACAACCUAGCGGCUAUCCUGCUCUCCUUAAUCUUGAGUUUUGACCACUCCUCUCCCGAGGCUCAACUACCGCCGACCCUGCUUGAUCUCUGGACAACAUGGACAAACCAUCUGCACAGGAUAAUCCCACAAACACUCAGUAGCAAACUCUCGGCAUGGCAGGCUUGGUGCACUGCUGAAAGCGCCCGCAGAACCCUUCUGUAUAUCAUCCUUAUCGAUGGAAUGGUGGAAGUAACCCAAAAGGGAUUCUGCCAUUACCGCCCCAUGGUGGAGUCCCUGCCUUUCGAUGCAAGAACAGGCCUCUGGGAGGCAAACACGGAAGAAGAAUGGCAAGCAGCCGUGGCAGCGGACGACGGUGUUGAGUCUAAACUGAUCUCAUGGGCGGAGUUCAUCGCAAUUGGAGGCCCAGAGCCUCGCCAGAGCUAUGACGGAAUGCUUCAGCGAAUGCUUCUUAUGAUCCAAUUUGGCAGGGCCGCUGCUGAUCUCCAGUGA